AUUAUACCAAUUCUUUCAAUGAGCUUUCAGUCUUUUACAAAGUCUGAUGACUUUGUUCGUGACUUGUUACCAUCAAUACCGGAUGAACAUCAAUCUCGUGAAAAACCUCUGGUGAACAAUGAGUCACUUUUGCAUUGGUUAUCGGGUUUACAACAAUCCUCGUCUCAACUUUGUCAACAACUACAGCAACAAGUAGCUACUCAUGUCAAUGAAACUUUUCUACCUACUUAUCAACACAACGAACAAAUCUAUCAACGUGCUCAAGGCCAGAUUCAUGAGGCUUUAACUUCAAGUCAGGCAUAUCUGACAAUGGCAACCACAGCAACAACUCAAUCUACAUUAGCCUGUUCAGAAACUCAGUCUCUCCAUCAACAAACGAAACAACGACAACUCACCGUAAUCACUUUGACUAGAUUGAUUGAAAUAUCCAAAGAUCUUGAUCAGGUAGAUACUUUUUUACAUCGAGGUCUUAUUGUAGAAGCCACGCGACAACUAUUAUAUGUAUUGGAACUUCAAGACAAUGAUGAACAAAUGGACCAACCUCUGUUAUGGUAUCAAUUGAAAACAAGGGCUCAACAAUACAAGACUCUUUUAGCAAACACAAUACACGAUGGUUUGGUACAGACUAUCAAGAUCACAGUACACACUCAAGACCAAAACCUUGUGCGAAGCUUGCAAGUGCUACCAUCUGUCUCUUUUGCCUACGAAGGAACUGCCGACUCGACUACUUUUUGUUUGAAAGAUUUAUUAUUGGCAAGUUGUUUUCUUCAGACACAACACGUCGAAUUAGCUUCUCUCAAACGUCAUAUCAUGAAAUUGUUCUUCCAACCUAUGUUUGAUCAUCAAGAACAGCAACAAUCUAAGUAUGAUAUAACUCGGACAGAAUGCGAUGAUGAUACUCUUCGACAAGUCAGUACUCUUACAUCUGACAAUAACAACAACGGUGACGACUGGACAGAAUCUACUAUACACCAACAUCGAUGUUCUUAUGCCCAUUCUUUGAUGCAGCACACCGAUGAUGUCCUAAGGUUCCUCUUCGAUCGACUGUUCUGUGGUGGUGACAAAGAAUUAACAUCUGUACGACAACUAUUUGGACGACUUAUUUUACCUGAUGUAUUGGGUUCUUUGGUUACCAAUGCGAUUGUAUCGACUGUUCCUUCAUCAACAACAUCUGUAUCUCUACUAUCUGGUUUGGAUUCGAUCGUUAUCGCAGCUACUCAAUUGGAAAAACGAUGCGUUACGGACUAUGCACAAAUUUCAUCAUCAACGAACUCGAUGACACCAGAAGAACUUCCUUUGACGAGUUAUGUUAAUCACUAUGAUCAACAUGUAGCUUCCCAAAGACGAUCUCAUCUUUUGAACAAUGCUAGACAAGUGAUGUUACGACGUAUAUACGAUGCGGAAAAGGAUGACAAUAAUGGACCAAGUAUCACACAAACGCCUAAGAUCCUACUAGCCAUGAUUCAAGAAACGAUCAACGAAGCCAAUGCUCUGGAACAGCAACAACAGAUACAUUAUCCUGUGACGAUCUCCACCUUACGACGAACCGUACAUGAUAUUUUGGUAUUGUACAUGUCCAUCAUGCCUAGUAUUCAUCGAUCGAUGUUCCUGCAACAUGCAUCUCAUGCCAUUGUGUUCAAAAAUGACUGUUAUUGGUUGGCUUCCAAGCAAGAUGUUUACAAAGAUAUCAGUGAUGCCGGUAGCAAGUUGGUGCAAUUGGGUGAUCUCUGGCAAAAGGUGGUGAUCGCUCAGCUUAUGAAUACAGUUGGAUUGGCUUUGGACAAGACAAGCGAAUGGCAGCAAGAUGUGAAUUAUCAACAACAGCAGCAACCAUCUGAUAUCAAUGACGGUAAAAGUGGCUUGAUGGAAACUGGAAUCUCUCCUUCUAUUUCAACUCAACAACAACAGCAACAACAACAGCAACAACAACAGCAACAACAACAGCAGCAGCAGCAACAGUACGAUGAUUAUAUCCCAUUGGAAGAUGCCAUUGAAAUGAUUGUCAAUCAAGUACAAGGUUUGGUCAGUUCUAUUCGACCUGUGAUGACAGACGAUUCAUACAAAGCGAUUCUUAUCCAAAUCAUCGAUAAUGUGGUGGGUAGACUUAUGCGGGAUAUUUUGGCUAUGCAAGACAUUAGUGUGGAUGCAUCUCAAACUAUGGCUCAAGCGCUGAAUGGAGUGGCACAAUUAGCAAAUCUUUUCUCGUUAUCUUCUUCUUCAUUUGGUACAAAGGAGGAAGAUACACUUGUUAGUGAAUUUCAACUACGACAGUGGAUUCCUCAUUGGCAAGGCUUUUGGACUACGAAGGAUAUGUUGGAUAUGACUAUGGUGGAUAUUUUGGACGCUCUUCAUCGUGGAGAUCUACAUAUGUUUACUCAUCAAGAAUUGGUUCAUCUUGUAUGUGCCUUGUUUGCCGAUACUCCUCGUCGUGAUGAAACCUUACGAGUGAUCAAGACAAGCGAUCUUUCCGGUACAAAGUUCAUUCCUUCUCAACAUCAUGAUGAUGAGGAUCAACCAAAGGCAAGUUCUCUGUUAUCACCUUCUUCUUUUGCAUCCUCUUUAAUGACACAACAACAAGAACAACGGACGCCUAGCAGCAAAAUCAGUAGUGGUAGACUGCCUUUUGAUAUGGAAGAAACGGAAGACGAUGGCUGGAAUCAUGAUGGAUGGUCUGCUGCUGAAGAUGAUGAUGAUGUUAUGGAUAUGGUUGGUCAGCUCUCUACCUCACGAGAUAAUGAACUUCAGGAAACAAACAAUACCCGUCAAGUGGAAGAUACAGACAAGUUGAUGGAAGAAGAAAAACCAGUACAACGAAAUGACCGUGAUCUGGCAAUGAAAGCUUCUCCGGAAAGUGACAGAUCAAAGUCGAAUGAACUACCUCCAGCAACAUGGUCGCCACUAGAAGAAGAUGGUGAUGAUGGUAAAGCGUUACAAUCAACAAGAUCAACUGAAAAGUCAGGCGUACUUGAUAUGCAUUCCGAAGAAGUUAACACUGACUGGAUGGAACAAGAUGAGCAUGAUAAUGAUGCUGGAUGGUCUGAUGGGGAUUCUAUUGCUGAAUUACUGGAAAGCGAAGCACUUAAACUUAAAUCCAAAGGUGAUCAACUUGACAUUGAAAACAACACUACACCUCUACUGGACUGUAUGAUUAUUGACUCAUCACCACCUGCCACUGAAGUAGAUCUGGAACAAAGAUUCUCACCAUCUCUCUCUCCACCAAUGCGACAGCAACAACUUAUUCAAACUUCACCCAUUCCACAGCAUCAGCAAGAACAACAAAUCAAACAAGAUCAAGAGACCAGGCUGGAUGAUAUGACUGUUGACCAAGGAAAUGAAACCAUAGACAACUGGAUGGAUGAUAAUGGAUGGUCUGAUGGUGAUUCGAUUGCGGAAUUAUUGGCGGCAGAACAAUUCCAUCUCAAACCUAUUGUGAGUGACGCUACGAUGCCAUCGUUGAAUCAUGAAGAAGAAGAAGAAGAAGAAGGACAAGAGAAGCACCUAACACUAGUUUCACCGUCACUUUCAUCAUCAUCAAUACAGCAACAACAAUAUCAACACACAAAAUACCAUGUAUCUAAGACUUUGGCGGGCGUAGACACUGGAACGGAAACAGAAUCGAUACCAAAAGAAGAGAAGCAGCCACAGCGACAGACACAACCUAUCGAUGCCACAAAUACAAUUGAGAGCACUUUGAAUGAAGAAAAGGAUACCAAUAUGGACUGGAUGGAGGAUGCAGACAAGGAAGGCGGAUGGUCAGAUGGAGAUUCUAUUGCUGAACUGUUGGCGGCAGAACAACUUCGGUCAAAAACCAUGGAUGAUAUUGACAAUGACGAUAAGAUUCAUGCUUCUACUGAACAAGAGGUCCUCCCUGCAACGGAACCUGUCGCCUCUGAUAUCUUGGUGUCCGCGACUAUUACCGAUACUGAUGCUAUUACCACUACUGAUACUACUACUGCUGCUACGGAUACUGUUACCACAAAUAUGGAUGAAUAUAUACCAUCAACAUCGCCAUCAUCAUUCUCUCAACCACAACAGCAACCACAAGGACAUUCUUCAACAUCAGCGACUGUGGAAAUAUCAUCAUCAUCAUCGUCACCAUCAUCACCUUCGCUGCUACAUCAACAAGAGCAACAGCAACACCAAGAACAGCACUCUUCGUCUCAACCAGGAUUGACAUUGCCACAGGAUUCGCUGGGACAAAAUGAUAUGGAUGAUCUCCUCAUGACGAUUGGUGACGACGAGGAAGUGGGUGGUGGCUGGUCUGAUGCUGAAAAUAUACUGGAUUUUGACAUGCAACCCUUACCCAAAGAUCAUGGCAUGAUACAGAAGGAAGAACAGUCAAUCACUCUCACAGCAACAAAGAUAGCACCAGAACCAGGAUCAUCAAUACCAUCGACGAAGGAAGAAAAUGCUGGACAGAAAAGCAACAAUAAUAACAACAACGACAGUAAAAAUGGCAUAAGGUAUGAUCAAUCCAAGGAUAACAUGAUUACCAAGGUGGAUAUGAAUGCAAUCGCUAUGGGCAAGGAUACUGAAGGUUAUGAUGACGAUGGUGGCUGGUCUGAUGCUGAUGAAGACCUCUUCUAGAUAUAGUUUAUUAUUAUAUUAGAGUUUUGUAGUUUAUUGAAAUAUUAUUAAUAAAAACAUUGUGUUGAAUGAUUU